ACUGCUCCACUUUACAAGCAACGUAAAUAACAAACUCAAGUAAAUUGCAAUGAGACUGCGCGGGUGAGUGGGAAGUGUUUUAACGAGGUGGCAGGCUGAAAUGACGACAUGUCUUCAGGGGAGGACUUUGUGUGAUCUCAUGGUCAGAGUCCAACCAGCGAUUCAGAGAGCUUCUGAUUCUUGAUGACGUAAUGGAGGCUCAGUAUCACCGGUUUGCAUCGUCUGAUAACAGCUCUGUCCAGGAAGAGCACAAAACGACUGCCCAAACGGUGUCUGCAGGUCUGAGGAGGAUAGUGGUGUAUGUCCUGUAUGGUGUGCUGCUGCUGCUGCUGUUAAUUCUGCUGAUGGUCACUGGGAUAAGAUUCUCCCAGUUAAACAAGGGAAUCACUGACGUCAAACUAAGCCUUGAGAGGAUCAGCAGUGGAGGGACAACUUCAUCGUCCAGUUCAGGUCAGGAAAUGGUUUCAGGUGCAACAACUAUGCAGGAGGUCGUCUUACAGAAACUUGUCCCAGUUCAAGGAACGUGCAGGGAAGGAUGGGAGUCUUUCCAGAGGAGCUGCUACCUGCUAUCCCUCACUGCCGUGACCUGGAGCAAAGCAGAGGAGCGGUGCCGAACACACGGAGCACACCUGGUGGUUCUGAACAACGCGGAGGAACUGGACUACAUUUCCAAAGUAGUUGAAAUCAGAUAUAACUAUUGGAUUGGACUCGUGGAGCGAGAACACGAGGGACACUGGAGCUGGGUGGAUGGAACGGACUUCAAUUCCACCCCAACUUUCUGGGAUAAGGGUCAGCCUGACAACUGGGACUACAGAGAGAACGGAGAGGACUGUGGGCAGAUUCACAGUUCUGCGAUACGCAAACGCAAGAUGUGGAAUGACGCAGACUGCAACCUGCCGUAUCCAUACAUCUGUGAAACCAAGGCGUGA